CUUUUGUCAAGAGUUUUGAAGUUUUUUCUCUGUACUGUUUCCAUCAGCUUUGUUGUAUUCGAACGAGUAACUAACUCGAGUUUGUUGCGGAUCGAUGUCAACUAUGCCGGUGCUUCGAGUCUCCUGCCGUCCUCAGGAUAGGGAGCUGCAUCUCCUGGUGAAUUAUGUGCAGAGAACAUCGUCAUGCUGUGUCAGCGUUGAUCUCGUUCCAGGCAAUUCACCGCAGCUGGAAGUAGACUCUUCAGUGGCCGCCGAAGGCACGAGCGCUGUCGGUCGAAGUCUGGUCGGCCACAGUCAGCCCAACAGUCGACAGUCGGUGUGUUUGCUAGGUCAGGGUGCCAGCGAGAAUGCCGCAAUCUGGCAGUGGUGCGAUGCAGCGCACCAGCUCAAGACGGCCUCCUCUCGGCAUAGCAUGCUCCAGCACAUCAAUGACUGGCUGGCAUCUCGUUCGUUUCUAGCAACACACUGUUUAUCAUUAGCUGAUCUUUGGCUCUAUGCAGUGUGCCACCCUAUACUGAGUUCAAAUUUUAGCUUUGGCGGUUUUCAGCAUUUGGCUCGUUGGUUUGAACAGGUGCACAAUACUGAGGGUGUAAGAGGAUUGUAUCCGGACGUAGCUCUGUACCGAGUAUGAAGCGGUUGCCUAGUGAUUACCGUCCGCAGUUUCGUACUCUGUCCAGCAUACCAGUACAGUGGAUUGGGUUUUGUUUAGAAGUGCCAGUGGCAGUGCUCCCAAGAACAACUCGGCUCUGAAGAUCCCCACAUACGGACUCCGACCUCUGUGUCCCAACAUGCUAGCUGUGGAUACGCGCUUGUUUGUGUGGUCUUCUGUCCACCUAGCAGCGACAGCGCCUAGCACCAUUGUUUGUUGGUCGAGAUCUAUCCACAAUGCAUAGGUUGUGUGGUGGGUGCUCCGAGCUACUGCUGUCUUUCUUCUCCGUACUACUUGUAUUGGUGUUUGGUGACCUAGUUUUAGAAUUGAAGCUUUUAUCGCUUUCUCCCUUCUGCUACCAUUCAAGAGCCGUUUUAGAAGAAUGCUAGCCCCCAAGAUAAUUUAUCCUAACCCAGGAGUUUCGCGAAGUGCUGCCGUUCCCGGCUAUACCACUUUCUACCAACAUGUACUCUGAUCAACCAAUCUUUUUUAUAACCCUACUGCACAGCCA